AUGGCCGCCCUUCUACCGCUGGCGCUUGCGCUGGCAUUCCUGCUGAGCACUGUCACCUAUCUGGCGUCGAACAAGAGCCAAAGAAAUGUCCUUCUCUCCCGCCUGGGAUUCCAGGGAAGAAGCAGGGAUUCCGGCGCGAGCACACCCCCGCGCUCACUCUCUCCAGACAAGAAGGGCAGCAACACCGGCCAGCCUGACUACUCCGAUACAUUCCCGCCGUCGCGCCGCUUCACCCUCGCCCAAAUCAAGGAUGCCACGAAAAAGUUCAAGAAGCCUCUGAGUCAGCUGGCCCAGUCGCCGGAGAAGAAGCGCUCCCAAGCACUUGACGAGAACAUCCUCACCACCACGCGCACCGUCUACACUGCUACCGAGUUUUCGAGUGACGAGAUCAAGGCGCUUGGUGACUUUCCAGACUAUGCUACUCUCAGCGGCGUUCCUCUCCCCAAGGCGUAUCCCGAGUUUGAUAUCAACAAGGCCAAGGCCAAACCAUACCGUCCUUUCCGUUGGGCUUACCAUCAGACCAUGUCAUUCAGCAAGUUGGACUCAGACUGGUGGCUGGAGCUCGAGAGCACCUACGCCUCACGCAUCAAGCAGCGCCAGGAGAUCUACAAGCGUGUCGGCAAGAGGGUGCUGGACUGCCUGCCAGGUUGUGAGCUCGCAUGCAAGGAAUUGAUGGAGAUGUGCCUCCAAUUUCUGGUUGCACGGUACCCGCACUACUUCCGAUUGGACGAGAAGGAGAUGGUCUUUCACAACGGCAUCCUCAAGACGACGUCCGACCUGAAGAGCGAGCCCCCGCUCGAGGUCAUCAUGAACAACAUCCCAGAGGACUUCGCCAUCACGCUGCGGGAUGACAAGACUGGCUACUAUUACCUCCGCGGCGGUGUCGUGUGCAGCUCGCUCGGUUGGGAUCUGGGUACCAAGAUGGGCAUGCGCCUAGACGAGAUUCACCAGCCUAUCCCAGACUACAAGGAGAAGAUGCGCUUCUCAAUGGACCGCUACUUCGCCAAGAAACCCACAGACAAGGCCAUCCAACGCGGUUCCUGGGGCCUCGAGGUCGACCAGCCGCUGUACAUGCCGGCCGGCGACCCGCACGAGAAGUACCGCGACGUCCAGGACCCUAGCCUUGACUUGUCACGCAUGAAUCUGCGCGUCGACUGGCAGACGCUGCGGCGGCUGCCGUUGUCUGGCGCCAUCGUCUUCAACUUCAAGGCCCUCUUCACCCCUGUCGCAACCUUCCGUGAUGAGCCGUACAUCCCAAGCCUCGUGCUCAAGAUCUGCAGAGACGGCAAGAAGAACCUGAUGGAGUACAAGAACACCUGGCACACCGAGCACGUCGUCCUGCCCGCCAUGGAGGCGUUCCGCAAAGAGCAGGAAGAGAAGGGGUUGAUCCCGAAGGAUUGGGAGGAGCACACGAUUGAUGAAUACCCGCUGUUCCCUGGUUGGGAGGAGAAGUGGCAUCGCGAGCAAGGUUUCUGA